AAACAAUGCAAGUGUCUGUUGAGAAGUGUAAAAAUGAAAAUGAAAAUUCUAACCCUGUUAGUAUGUCCCAAGAGAAGCCAACCAAAAAGUUGUCAUGUCAUAUUCAUUAUAAUAAAAAAUGUAAACUCAAAAAGGAACAAAAUUCGAUCCUACCAGUGGAGCAUAAUGAGCCUAUACCCAGUGAUAUACAUGGACAUAUGUCCAAGUCGAAUCGUUAG